AUGAUGGCGGCCGUGCGUGAAAAGCAAGAACUGGAGCAAAACCUAGAGUGGACGGCGGAAGAGGAAGCGCAGCUGUUUCUUGCCAUGGACGGGGUGAAGCCGGUCGGCAUCAACCGGCACUUCUUCAUGGCGUGCAUUGUGGAGCGCUUGUCGCGCUCGCUGCAGCGGGAGAUCAGCAGUGAAGCGGUCUGGUCGCAUCUUCGCACCCUCUACAACCUAAAAGCCCUGGACGAGCUGGAACCGCCGGUUCCUUUCGUGAGCGAUGAGAGCGAGUUCUGCUUGCCGGAAUCGGAAUUUAGUGCUGCCAUUGCAAAGCGACGACAGGAAGACGCCGAGCGAGGUGGUGCAGCAGCACCGACGGUGGAACAUGAUUCCAAGAAGCCGGAAACUAAAUCGGAAACAACAUCAUUGAAAACAUCGGCGGCGAAAACACCCGUUCCCUCAUCAGCCCGACAAGACGCAAAAGAUGGCGACAAGGACGACAAGGACGUUAAGGAUCGCGGCGAAACGGGUAGCAGUAAACUGAAGCCCAAAAAUAGCGACAACGCUGGAAACCACGACAGUGGACCGAAACGAUCGCAGAAACGCACACGCGGUUCACUGUCCACAGAGCCGGGUCAUUCGAACGCUUCCAGUCCGGCAAACACCCCACCGAACGGACCGAGCACGAAGCGACGACGAAUCUAACUUCUAAUUUGUUCCUUGGAACAGAACAAGAAAGCUAGUUGGAGUGCUGAUGUAAAUAUCUUUAACGUAAGAAUUAUAGGUGGUUUACGAGGAUGGCUGCGCGCAUGUUACGAACAAUAAGAAUUGUUUGCGUGAAAAUAUGUAUUAAUUUUCCAUCCGCAUGGAAUGAAUUAUGAAAAGGAAAAUGAAUUAAAUAUGAAUACCGAAAGCCAAA